UCUCAUCUUCUUCCCCACUCUACCCCUCUCUCUCUAUUUUUUUUUUUUCUUUUUCCCGCGAAACUCUCUGCAAAACCUAAUCCUUCCCAGCUUCUUCACUUCAUUCAUCACUCUCUUCUUCAAAACACGAGACUUCUUUUUCUUCUUCUUGAAUUCUUAUUAUCUAUUGAUUGUCAACUAAGUUUUUCUUAGCUUCCAUAAAUUUCACUUGGCCGUUACAGUAUCGUUUUUUAAACACAAACUACGGAAUAUUUUGUGAAACUAAAGAAGCUUUUUAGGGUUUCUUUCAAUCUAAAACGCUAGCGUUUACCGUUUUUUUGCUCUUAUCCGCAUAUAUGUGUAUAUAAUAUAUACACAUGUAUGUAUAAUUUUUUUUUUUUUGUGUUUGACCGUAUUAUUAAUUUAUCGCUGAACUUCAAAAUUAAACACUCUUUGAUUACUUAUUGUUUGAUCUUUGUAUUUUGGAGAUUUUGGGCUUUGUUUUCAAGCUUCAUUAAGAUCAUUUAUAAUACUAUUUUUCAAGAUUGAAGAGUUUUUUCGUGGUGUUUUUCUUCAAUUUUCUUUUCUCAAUUGAAUGUGUUGAUUGGACUUGGGUUAUGUAUCAAGAUGGGGGAAGAUAAGGAGCCAAAUUUUGUAAGGGAAAAAGAGGGUUUAGACGCAGCGAGUCCUUCGGUAUCUAAUGGUAGCUGCGACCAUCUUCCAUUGAAGCCAGCCUCUGUUCAUGGGAGGAUAACAGGUCCUACUAGAAGAUCAACUAAGGGAGGCUGGACACAGAAGGAGGAUGAGAAUUUGAUUUCUGCUGUUCAGAAGUACAAAGGCAAAAACUGGAAAAAGAUCGCUGAAUGUGUCCCUGAUAGAACAGAUGUGCAAUGCCUGCAUCGCUGGCAGAAGGUUCUUAACCCUGAUCUUGUUAAAGGACCGUGGAGCAUCGAGGAAGAUAACCUUAUUAUUAAGAUAGUCGGGGAGCAGGGUAAUAAGAAAUGGUCUGAAAUAGCAAAACACCUGCCUGGACGCAUAGGCAAGCAAUGCCGAGAAAGGUGGUACAACCACCUAAAUCCAGAAAUAAAAAGAAGUGCAUGGACCAAAGAGGAGGAGAUUAUUCUAAUUACGGCACACAGGGAACACGGAAACAAGUGGGCUGAGAUAGCCAAGCUUCUUCCUGGAAGGUAUUGCUUGGGGACUUCGACUGAAAACUCAAUAAAGAAUCAUUGGAAUUGCUCAGUAAGGAAGAAAGCAGAAUUGUUUUCAAGCAGCAAUCCUGAACUUCGCAUUUGUGGCCUAAACAACGAAAACAGGAAGUCUGACACAAUAAAAAUUAAUACUAGUCGCCAGGACUUGAAUCACAACAGAAGGAUGGAUUCAUUGUCACUAGAUUUGCCUCUUGGAAAUGAGAUUAAAGAUGCAGACAAGGUGCAGAAAAUAACUGGCUCUGGCAAUGAAGAUGCUCUAGCAACUAGUCUAAAUGGUGGAAACUGCAGAGAAGGUUGCACAUACGAAGAAUCAAAACAUAUAGGUUCCUCUAACCAGACUAGUCCAUUCCAUGACACUUCUUGUGUCAGUUUUCCUCAUUUACUUACAAGAACUGAUGAGGCUGGUAAACAUAUCAACUUCUCGCCGUCCAGAAAAAUGAUGGAACCGUUGUCUGCUCUGAGCACUCCCUUAUCUUCUCAUGGGUGUAAUGGGAAAACUAGAAGCUCGCUUUCGGACCAUGGUACCGAGGAAGUAGCUUUUCCUGUUACCUCGGAGGUUCUUGCAACUCCACCAAGCCAAAACGAAGGUGAAUUACCAACCAGCUGCAUGACUCCUGAAUCUAUACUGAGAAUUGUAGCAAGUACUUACAAGAAUACACCAUCUAUUAUAAGAAGACGAGGCUCUUCAGCUCGGAAGCGAAGCAGAAAUGGCUGUUCUUGUUCACUAGAAGAACGAAUUGAUAAGUUGGAGAACAGCCAUGAGAUACAGCAUCCGCGUUUUUGUGACAAUAUUAAUGAUGUUCAGCAGGAUUUGGUCUCUUCUCUGAAGUCUCAGAAGCUUGAAAGUUGUGCAACAAAUUCCAUGGAAAAGAGUCCGAGUCUGGAAACUGUAAAGAGAUGGUGACUUGCGCCAAUGCAAAGGAUUUUGUUAUAUUUGAGAUGACAUAUGUUUUUUUCCUUCUUCUAAAGUCAAUAUUAUUCCCUUUUUUUUUUCUUCUUCUUUUC